AAUCAAAUUCAGUUUAAUCCUCUUCUACACCUCCGGCUUCUUUUUCUGAGCAAGUGGACGCGCUCGUACUGAAUUUUGAGACUCCGUGUGAGCGACCAAACGACGGUUGUAAGAGCCGCUGAGAUAGCCUACCGCUUCCUCAGAUGGUCCAAGGACCAACCGCCGACGAUUGAGGUGUUUCAGUUUCCGGAGAGUUUCAGAUGGCGAUCGACGAGGAGAAAUCGCCGUCUGACGGUAAGAUCCUAGGCCUGUUCAAGCUACCGUUUCGACAUACAGGAAAUACGCAUUCCACGUCAUCGUCGUCCUCGUCUCAUCAUCAUAGUCAACUCCAUCAGAGUCAUAAUAGCUCGCUGGUAGAGGGAUCGAAUUCACAGAACACCGCUUCGAGCUCGGUCUCGUCCGUCGCCAGAUCUCUACUUCCCACACGGCGUCGCCUUCGUCUUGAUCCGGCGAACAAGCUUUACUUCCCUUAUGAACCUGGUAAGCAAGUGCAGAGUGCUAUAAGGAUUAAAAACACAAGCAAGUCUCAUGUAGCUUUUAAGUUUCAAACAACGGAGCCAAAAAGCUGUUACAUGCGGCCUCCUGCAGCUAUUCUUGCUCCGGGUGAGAGUAUCAUAGCAACUGUAUUCAAGUUUGUCGAGCCUCCAGAAAACAACGAAAAGCCAUUGGAUCAAAAGAGCAGAGUGAAAUUUAAGAUUAUGAGCCUAAAGGUGAAAGGAGCGGUGGACUAUGCUCCUGAGCUGUUUGAUGAGCAGAAGGAUCAAGUGGCAGUUGAGCAGAUUCUGCGAGUUGUAUUUCUUGAUGUAGAUCGUCCCACACCAGCUUUGGAAAAACUUAAACGCCAGUUGGCUGAGGCUGAGGCUGCACUUGAGGCUCGCAAGAAACCUCCAGAGGAUACAGGCCCGAAGAUUAUUGGGGAAGGACUUGUGAUAGAUGAAUGGAAAGAACGAAGAGAAAGAUACCUUGCUCGGCAGCAGGUUGAAGGGGUAGACUCCGUUUAAAUUGGAGCUGUAUUGGUUUCCAAUCCAAGCAUCCAUGGAAAACUUUCUGGAUGAGUCAUUUUCUACCUUUCAUCUUUUGGCUUGGUACACGGGAUAUUCUGUUUAAAGAGUUUGUUGAUCAAGACUUGUUUUCUCUAAAUGCAAAAAGAGUGGAGUCUAAUCUUUGCAUAAGAUGCUAAGUACAUGGCCCGUCUCCGCCAACCUGUAGAUAAUUAUUUUUCAUUUAAUAUUUGCUCUCUCUCUCUCUCUCAUAAGGCGUCACUAGAUCACUCUAUUGCCGUUCUUGCAGAUAACUUGAUGUAUUGUAAUCAGGUGGCUCUACGUAUUUAUUAGCUCUUAUUACUUUC